AUGGCCAUGCUUGAACGUGCUCCUUCCCUAAAAGAGUUGUAUAUGAAGGAAUUGUCCUUGCCUCCGGGCAACUACUGCAAGAGCAAUGAAUUGACACGAGCGGCAGUGUCGCUUCUGGAGAAACGACAACUUCGAAAGCUGCAAUUUCCAUUCCCCGUUGAUAUCACAGGUCUUUGCGGGCACCUUGAAAGGAACACUAGUCUUGUCUACCUUUCUCUUCAGUGUAAGGGCUACACGCAUCCCAGAAACAGAGAGCUUUUUGGCCAUGUCUUGAGGGAUCACAAUGUAACGCUGGAGAACGUUUCACUGACCACUCGGGGUGGAGGUGAAGAUCGACCACUAAGCAAUGGCAACAAGGCUGGCUACUUCCUGGAGUUGAACCGUCUGGGUCGACGAAAGAUGCGCUGUGAAGAAAUGCUGGUUCAGGAUUUUGUUGAUCUUCUUGUGGUCGCCAUGUCAGAAGAAUCCAGAAUGUCGCUCCCAUUCGUUUAUGGGCUUUUGAGAGAGUCACCAUCCAAAUGGAUCAGUUUUGCUGCAACAAACGACCAGGUCGGCAGUAGGCAGAGUGGGAAGAAGCGUAGUUUCGAAGAAGCAGGGUUGUAG